AUGUGUAUAAAACUAUCAAUUACAAUAUCCAUUUAUAAUAAUAAUAAUAAUAAUAAUAAUAAUAAUAAUAAUAAUAAUAAUAAUAAUAAUAAUAAUAAUAAUAAUAAUAAUAAUAAUAAUAAUAAUAAUAAUAAUAAUAAUAAUAAUAAUAAUAAUAAUAAUAAUAAUAAUAAUAAUAAUAAUAAUAAUAAUAAUAAUAAAUAA